CCUCCUGUUGCGUCUACAUGCGGCAUGCCCUUGUCUGAAACCGCUUCCCAGCUCCACCCAACGCUAGCAUUCUCUCUGACCCCCGCCUUCCAGAACCGACCCUCCAACACCGACUUUCCCCCUUCUGCCGUCCCAGAAUCUGUUUUCGGCUGGCCUGCUGUCUUCUCCGCUGUACAAUCUGUUCUGGCCUCGGUGCCGAUUUUCAGCAGGAUUCCUCGUUUUGGAAGGUCUCGGCGCCCUGGACGCAAAGUUGCAGUUUCUUACGCUUCAAGCCCGUCUAUGUCUUUGACUCACGCGCCCGUCGACCAGUCUAACUCUGCUGUCAUAGCCAUGGGGUCUCAGCCAUCUACUGACAUCUCCAUGAUUCCAGUAACGUCAAACACCCAGCAAAGUGGUGAAAACGCUCCUUCUACCUUAGCGACACAUACCAUAUUCCCCGUGUCCAAGGGUAACACAGAGAAGUUGAUCCUCACUUCGCUUCCAGAUGAGCUUAUAGCCAUGUGUUAUUCAGACCUCAGUGCAGCUGACUUGGUGGCCCUGGAGCAUGUGUCUCGUCGUCUGCGCCAGCUCAUCGCCUACGACUCUGUCUGCUGGAAGCGUUGUACAGAGACCCGCUGGGGUCAUUUAUCUGCUAACUCCGCUAUCUUACCGUCGGCCGCUAGGCAUGCUGGUACCUGGAAGAGGCUGUAUUCUGAGAAGGCUAAAACUGAUGCAGACCACACUCCGUGGUUGACUCUGUGCGGCAGCGAGACGUUGGCUGUUCUUGACAUCAUCAAGGGUGCGACCACGCAAGUCCCGAUGCCAGUAUACUGGCCUAUGAGCACGGAUAUGGACAUCGCCGUGCCGAGUUCUCCGCCAAAGGACAGUGUGGUACCGAUGUCGACUUCGUCUCCAGUCAGCGUGAUGCCCAGCAACCCUGCCGUUUCUUGCCUUAGCGUAGUGCUUCUGAUCGACGCUAGUUCGAGCGUGACCGAUGACGAUUUCGAGACGAUGAAGUCAUUCUCGCUCGCGCUCGUUGAGGACCUUCGAGUUUCGCAUCCUGAGGCGUGUGUGUCCGUAGUGCAGUUCAACCAGCACCCCAAGGUUGAAGUCGCGCUAACAAACGUUUGCAAGUCCCGACUGUCCAGCUCGAUUGAGAACAUGGAGCAGAUGAUGGGCAGCACCGAUAUCGCGGCUCCGAUCCGUAGGGCUCGAAAGAUACUUUCUGAGGAUGAUGUGCGUCCCGGAGACCGAGCAAUUGUCCUUCUUACGGACGGGCAAACGCACGCUGAUGAGCUACAGGAAUCCGAGCGAGAAUCCAGAAAGGCCUUCGAGGAGGUGGGGGCACGGAUGUACACGUUGGGAGUGGGACGAGAUAUCGAUGAGGUGGGGCUGGGCAGAGUGGCGGCAGGCUCAGAGGGCGGCGUAUAUGUGACGCUUCGACGUCUUGUAUCAUCCAAGUAAUGCGUUUAGUAAUGGCUACUCUCCCGUGACGGGAAUCGAAAAAAGGGCCUCGUCGAGGGCACCUCAUUUCCCUACUCCUUCAAUUUCUAGUGUUUGAUAAUGCUGUUGAUGUAUCUUGGUGUUACCGCCAUUCUUAGAACAAAUAAAAGUAGACGCAGGUCUAUCCUUCGUG